CGCUACUUGGGUGUAGAGAAAUUUCAACAACAGUCGAGGAAAUAGUAAAAAUUGUCGUUUUUCGCUUUUUUUGAGCCGUCUCGAGUUGCAGGCGUAAGUGUGCGAAAGCCGGAGCAGCGAACGUCAAAGUCGCUUGAAGAGGGCAACAAUGCGGGGCGGAGUCCCAGCAACUGUUCCCAUCGUAUCGUCGAGUCCCCGAGGGGACGUCUGAAAAAAUCAAUCGGGCUCCACUCUGCCGCGAAUGAGCAGGAUGAGCAGCAACAACAAUGCCCCCGCAUCAGCUCCAGACACCGGAUCCACCAACGCCAACGAUACCAUCUCGGGUUCGCUGUCCGUGGACAGUAAUCUGGUUAUCAUUCAGGACAUGAUUGAUCUCUCGGCUAACCAUCUGGAGGGCCUGCGAACUCAGUGCGCGAUCAGCUCCACGCUGACGCAGCAGGAGAUUCGUUGCCUGGAGUCUAAGCUAGUUCGUUACUUUUCCGAGCUGCUGCUGGCGAAGAUGCGGCUAAACGAGCGCAUCCCAGCCAAUGGGCUUGUGCCCCACGCAACGGGCAACGAACUGAGGCAAUGGCUCCGCGUAGUGGGCCUUAGCCAAGAGACUCUUACCGCUUGUCUCACUGGCCUGAACACUCUGGAGCAAAGCCUGCGUCUCAGCGACGAUGAAAUCCGUCAGAUCCUGGCCGGCAGCCCCAGCCAGCGAGAGAAAGAGGAACUACGACGCCUGACCAGGGCCAUGCAGAACUUAAGAAAGUGCAUGGAGUCGCUGGAGAGCGGAACUGCGGCCACCAACAACGAUCCAGAGCAGUGGCACUGGGACUCCUGGGACAGGCCCAUCCACAUUCACCGCGGCAGUGUUGGAAACAUUGGACUGGGUCACAAUUCAACCGCCUCCCCGAGAACCCAUCAUCGCCAGCAUGGUAUCAAGGGAAAGAAUUCCACUAUGGCCAACUCCACUACCUCCAAAAGUGGCCGUCAGUCGCCCCCAGCGAUGGAAGAGCUGAACAGCACACAGGGUUCCCAGCUGACUUUAACCCUCACGCCCUCGCCACCCAACUCGCCCUUCACGUCUUCCAGUGGGCUGAGCAGCAGUCUUAACGGAACACCGCAGAGGGGUCGUGGUACCCCGCCACCAGCAAGAAAGCACCAGACCUUGCUGAGCCAGAGCCAUGUGCAAGUGGACGGGGAGCAAUUAACCCGCAACCGUUUGCCCACUGAUCCCAGCCCCGAUAGUCACAGCUCAACCAGCUCGGACAUCUUUGUGGACGCAAAUACUAAUGCCAGCUCCGGAGGAAGUUCCUCAAACGUGCUAAUGGUGCCAUGCUCCCCGGGCGUGGGUCACGUGGGCAUGGGUCAUGCCAUCAAGCAUCGUUUCACCAAGGCCUUGGGCUUCAUGGCCAGUUGCACACUUUGCCAGAAGCAGGUCUUCCACCGCUGGAUGAAGUGCAUCGACUGCAAGUACAUCUGUCACAAGUCAUGCGCCCCACACGUGCCGCCUUCUUGUGGACUUCCACGAGAGUAUGUAGACGAGUUUCGGCACAUAAAGGAACAGGGCGGAUACGCCAGUCUGCCGCAUGUGCACGGCGCGGCGAAAGGAUCACCUUUGGUAAAGAAGAGCACUUUGGGUAAGCCGUUGCAUCAACAGCACGGCGACAGCAGUUCGCCGAGUUCCAGUUGCACUAGUUCUACCCCAAGCAGUCCGGCACUGUUCCAGCAAAGGGAGCGCGAACUGGAUCAGGCUGGCAGCAGCUCUAGCGCCAAUCUGUUACCUACACCUUCGCUUGGCAAGCACCAGCCGAGUCAAUUCAACUUUCCGAACGUGACGGUGACGAGAAGUGGCGGAAGCGGUGGUGUAUCGCUCAUCUCCAAUGAACCAGUGGCAGACCAAUUUCCCACGGCGCCUGUAACAGCCAAUGGAGGACUGGAUAGUCUGGUGAGCAGCUCCAAUGGGCACAUGAGCUCUCUUAUCGGUAGCCAAACUUCAAACGCUUCUAGUGCUGCCACCUUGACGGGCAGUCUGGUGAAUAGCACAACCACCACCAGCACCAGCAGUUUCUUUCCGCGGAAACUAAGCACAGCCGGUGUGGAUAAGAGGACGCCUUUCACCAGCGAGUACACGGACACGCACAAGUCAAAUGACAGCGACAAAACAGUCUCCUUGUCUGGAAGUGCGAGCACGGAUUCGGACCGGACACCCGUUCGGGUGGAUUCAACAGAAGACGGAGACUCGGGACACUGGCGUCAGAACUCUAUCUCACUCAAGGAGUGGGACAUUCCGUAUGGUGAUCUGCUUCUGCUCGAGCGGAUAGGGCAGGGACGCUUUGGCACCGUACAUCGAGCCCUGUGGCACGGAGAUGUCGCGGUAAAGCUGCUCAACGAGGACUAUCUGCAAGACGAACACAUGCUAGAGACCUUUCGCAGCGAAGUAGCCAACUUCAAAAACACUCGACACGAGAAUCUGGUGCUGUUCAUGGGAGCCUGCAUGAACCCACCAUAUUUGGCCAUUGUUACUUCCUUGUGCAAGGGCAACACCUUGUAUACUUAUAUUCACCAGCGUCGGGAGAAGUUUGCCAUGAACCGAACUCUCCUCAUUGCUCAGCAGAUCGCCCAGGGUAUGGGCUACCUGCACGCGAGGGAGAUCAUUCACAAGGAUUUGCGCACCAAGAAUAUCUUCAUUGAGAACGGCAAGGUAAUUAUCACGGACUUUGGGCUGUUCAGCUCAACCAAGCUACUCUACUGUGAUAUGGGCCUAGGGGUGCCCCACAAUUGGUUGUGCUACCUGGCGCCGGAGCUUAUCCGAGCAUUGCAGCCGGAAAAGCCGCGUGGAGAGUGUUUGGAGUUUACCCCAUACUCCGAUGUAUACUCUUUUGGAACAGUUUGGUACGAGCUGAUCUGUGGCGAGUUUACGUUCAAGGAUCAGCCGGCGGAAUCGAUCAUCUGGCAGGUGGGCCGUGGGAUGAAGCAGUCGCUGGCCAACCUGCAGUCAGGUCGGGAUGUCAAAGACUUGCUGAUGCUAUGCUGGACGUACGAGAAGGAGCAUAGACCACAGUUCGCACGUCUGCUGUCAUUGCUGGAGCAUCUUCCGAAGAAGCGUCUGGCGCGCAGUCCCUCCCACCCUGUCAACCUUUCCCGAUCCGCCGAGUCUGUGUUCUGAGGGGGCUGCCGCCUGGUCACAGUCACUGUCUAGUACAAUUUCGACCUACCAACUAAGCUAACUCGCUUUGUUCCCACUCUUCACAAACUCUCCUAAGCGAAGUUCUAUGAAACCGAGCGAAGAUUGUAAAUACCUAAACGUAAUUAACAAAUUAUAGCAAUCGAUUUUAAAACUACUUAUGUAGUAUAGGGAGCACUUCAGUUGCAGUUGUUAGCAAAGAAAGGAAAAUCAAAUGAUAAAUCGAAAAAGACAAAACUUUUAAGUGUUUAAGAGGAGAGCCAAACUGAGAAGGCAUGGACAUAAAUAUACAAACAAACAAGCACUGUGGCAAAUAUAAACAAAUGUAAACGUUAAUCAGGUGAGCAAUUUGUAAAUUGUUAAUUAUGUGUAAGUGAAACUCUAUAUAUAUGUACAUGUAUUAUACAUCAAUGUAUAUGACGGAUUAGUGUUUAACUAAUAAUAUAUUGUGAAUUAUGUAUGGUCAAGUGUAUAUAGUAAAUGGACUUCAAAUGCGAAAUCAAGAAAAUGUCAAAUAAACUUAUAAAACUUA